AUGGCCCGCAUCCGCGAUCGCUCUCCUUCCCCAGUCCCGUCCCCCACUUCUCUUCUCAAAAAGCUCAAGACAACCCAUGUCUCCUCCUCUACUGACCCUUCCGCCCACAAUCUCCCCACCCCGCCCAACGAUAUCAGCACAGAGUCCCUCAUCAAGGUAACAGACCCCACGCCACAUUUUGCAAACGACCUCUUCGACCACAACAACAUCGCCGCUCUCAACCAGUCUUAUCUCGAGAGCGAGCCCUACAAAUAUGCUGUCGUCGACAAGCUCUUCCAGGACGACCUGCUGCGAAAGGUCAAGGACGAGUGUCUGAGCGAACUCAAUUUCACAGAAAAGGAGACAGAUAUCUACAAGGUCAAUCAAACAGGCGAUCUCGCUUCGCUCAACUUUCUCUCUCCAACCCAAAUUGCCCGGCUUCCAAAUUUGCUUGCCCUGCGCGAUGCGCUCUACUCACCUCAGUUCCGCAAGUUCUUGCGAUCAGUCACAGGCUGCGGCCCUCUCUCCGGGCGCAAGCAAGACAUGUCCGUCAACUCAUACACCCGCGGAUGCCAUCUUCUGAACCACGACGAUGUCAUCGGAACCCGUCGUGUCUCAUAUAUUCUGUAUAUGCCCCUUCCCCACUACCAGCUAUGGCAGAAGGACUGGGGAGGCGCCCUUGAGCUCUACCCUACCAAAGUCAACGAUGAAGGCCAGUUAGAGCCCCAAUCUAUCCCCUCAAAAAGUAUCCCACCCAGCUGGAACCAGUUUAUCUUUUUCGAGGUUCAGCCUGGGAAGAGUUUCCAUUCCGUCGAAGAGGUCGUGGUAGGCGGCAGAGAUGAGGAUGGAAGGGAGCGUCUGAGCAUCAGUGGAUGGUUCCACGCUGCCCAAGAGGGUGAGGAGGGCUACGUUCCUCCUGCUCCAGACGCUCCAGAGAUCAAAAGUUCUCGAGAACAACUUACUUCCACCUCAACCGUAUUCAAAUCCUACCCCGAGCAAGACCCAGAGAUCCUCCCCGACGUCACUCUCUCCGAAGAUCACGUCGCCUUCCUCUCCGAGUUCCUCAACCCCGUCUACCUGCAGCCACGCACAAUGAAAGCCCUGGCCGCACGCUUCGUUGAAGAAUCAUCACUCGAGCUACACUCCUUCCUACACAACUCCCUCGCCGACGCUCUUGAGACCCGCCUGCGCGAUCUCGACCUGCGCGAUGGGCUCGGCGAAGACCGAGUGGGCUGCAUCCCCGCACAUACCUGCGGCACCACCGGCGGCUGGACAAUCAAAGGCCCGCCCCAUAAAUGGCGCUACUGUGUGCUACGGCCACCCGUGGCGGGUGGCGCGACCGAGGCCGUGACGCCGCGCCACGCAUCUUCCUCCGCGGACGAGAUCAUGCGCAGUCUGCAGGACGAGCUCUUCGCGAGCGUCGCGUUCCGCGCGUGGCUGCAUAUCGUAUCGCAUCUUAUGCCGAUGCAGUAUGCGGCGGAGGCGAGGCGGUUUAGACCUGGUUUGGAUUAUACGCUGGCGACGAGCGAAGAGAGCGAGGCGAGGUUGGAUGUGGUGCUGGGUUUGACGCCGCCUGCGCGCGAGCUCGAUUCGGAUGAGGAGAGCGAUCGGUUCGCGCAGCAGCAGCGCGGGUGGGCAAAUUCAGAGUGGGGCGGCUGGGAGUGCUACAUGGCCCCCCAUAACGAAGAAGAUGACCCAGCGAUUUACCGCUCCAGCAACAAGAAGCACAAAGCUGCACCUCCCACAAAGGCAAGCAGCACACCAAAAGCCUCAAGUUCCAAGCUCGAAGGCUCGGUAUCUGAAGAGGCACAGACCGCAACCGAUGCCGACGCCGAUGCGGAGGAGGUACCUCCCAGCGAGCAAAUGGACGACGAAGAGGAGGAUGAAGAGGAGGAAGACGGCACACUGCUGGCGGUGCAGCCGGGCUUCAACCGUCUAUUGCUAGUACUGCGCGACGAGCGUGUGAUGCGCUUUGUCAAAUACGUUUCGGCGGCUGCGGAGGGGUCGCGGUGGGAUAUUUGCGGCGAGUACGAGGUUGGGGUUGUGCAAGAAGCGGAGGAGGACGGCGAAGAGAGUUCAUGA